AUGCCCCUGAGGCUUCGGCUUCUGCUGCUGUGUCUGUGGGGACUGCCACUCCAGAGGGCGGAGACAGACUCUGAGGGACAGACGGGGGAGCUGUACCAGCGCUGGGAGCUCUACGGCAGGGAGUGCCAGGAGGCCCUGAAGGCUGCAGAUCCUCCCUCAGGCGUGGUCUGUAACGGGUCCUUCGACACGUACGUCUGCUGGGACCACACGGCCGCCAACACCACUGCCCAGGUGCCCUGCCCCUGGUAUCUGCCUUGGUAUCGCCACGUGGCUGCAGGCUACGUCUUCCGCCAGUGUGGCAGCGACGGCCAGUGGGAGUCUUGGAGAGAUCACACCCAGUGUGAGAGUCCAGAGACAAAUGGGGCCUUUCAGGACCAAAGACUGAUCCUGGAGCGCCUGCAGGUCGUGUAUACAGUCGGCUACUCCCUGUCCCUGGCCACGCUGCUGCUAGCCCUCCUCAUCUUAAGUUUGUUCAGGCGGUUACACUGCACUCGUAAUUACAUCCACAUGAACUUGUUCACGUCUUUCAUGCUGCGGGCAGCGGCCAUCCUCACCCGAGACCGGCUGCUGCCUGCACUGGGCCGCUACACGGGGGAUCAGACUCUUACCCUGUGGAGCCAGGCCCUAGCUGCCUGCCGCACGGCCCAGAUCGUGACCCAGUACUGCGUGGGUGCCAACUACACCUGGCUGCUGGUGGAGGGUGUGUACCUGCACCAUCUGCUGGUGAUUGUAGGAGGCUCAGAAAAGGGCAACUUCCGCUGCUACCUGCUUCUUGGCUGGGGGGCCCCCGUGCUUUUCGUCAUUCCUUGGGUGAUCGUCAGGUACCUGUUGGAGAAUACGCGGUGCUGGGAACGCAACGAAGUCAAAGCCUUUUGGUGGAUCAUUCGCACCCCCAUCCUAAUAACCAUCUUGAUCAAUUUCCUCAUCUUCAUCCGCAUCCUUGGCAUCCUCUUGUCAAAGUUGAGGACACGGCAGAUGCGGUGCCCCGACUACCGACUAAGGCUGGCUCGGUCCACGCUGACGCUGGUGCCCCUGCUGGGUGUCCACGAGGUGGUGUUUGCUCCCGUGAUGGAGGAACAGGCUGAAGGCGCCCUGCGCCUUGCCAAACUGGCCUUUGAAAUCUUCCUAAGUUCCUUUCAGGGCUUUCUGGUGAGCCUGCUCUACUGCUUCAUCAACAAAGAGGUGCAGUUGGAGAUCCGCCGAGGCUGGCGUCACUGCCUCCUACAUCUCAAUCUCCGCGAUGAGCACCCCAGUCCGCACGUGGAGCUUGGCCCUCCGGCCCUGCCCUUGCGUUCUGCACCCCGGGAGGUUCCCAUUGGCGGCUCCUUGCCCUCUGGGUCGCUGCACAUGCCUGGAGAUGAGGUCUUGGAAAGUUACUGCUAG